AUGAAGCGUCUAUUUCCAUCGACACAGGAAAGAGUUCGUGGUGUUCUCUUUGGGCUAGUGGCUGGUGAUAAGAAUCAUGGACCUCAAGCGAUGGGCAUAAUGGUUGGCAAGGCUUUGAUUGAUAAUAAGAAGAACAGUUCAACUUUGGAGAUGAAAGUGCCAUCCUCCGAACGUUAUUCAUUGGAAUUUAAUCAAUUAUUGACUAAUAUAUUGAAAAAUUAUUUGCAUUGGUAUCAUUCCAAGUCGAAGGGAUGGUAUGAUACUGGACAAAUUGGAAAGGAAAUAUUUGACAAGUUUAAAUCAGGAGAUUUUAAUGGAGAAUCAAAUGAUGUGAAGGAAUUGGAAACGCAAUUAUAUGAAGUGGCAAUUGUAGUGAGACAAUUGGAUAAUCAAUUGAAUGGACAAACUGGUGGAAUUAAUCCAGCUCAUAGAAAUGUAGUAUUGAGCAUGUACAAUAGAAUUAGUGAUGAUGAUUUGUUAAAGAUGGCAAAGGAAGAGACCAGAUUGACUCAUUAUUCAGUAUUUGCUUGUGAAGCAGCACAAAUGCAGAAUUAUAUUUGUAGAAGAUAUAUCAAAAUGAAUAUUUCUGAAAAUGAGCCAAGAUUAUCAAUUCUUGCAGUUUGUAAAGAGUUUGUGGAAAACAAUCAAUUGUCAAAGGAAUUUAAAAAUUCAUUGAAUCAAGUUUUGGAAAAUAAGGAAUUUCUGAGUGGAGAUUCGAAUGCAAUUGCUUUACUGAGAAAGUCCAUUUCAAGAGGAGGUUUUUCACCACAAACUUUGGCCUCUGCACUGUAUUUUAUCAUUCUUCAUACAAUGCUCAUGGAAAAUGAGUACACAUCUGAGAGAGAAAUGGCUGUGUCAUGCCUUCUCGAUUCGUUCCAAUUUGCUGGCAGUGCUAAUUAUUGUCCAGUAUUGGUUGGUCCAAUUCUUGGCUCAAUGUUUGGAGAUUCAGUUUUCUUUAACAACUCUGAGAGUGAAGAUGAUUUGCUCUCUCAUUCUAAACGAAUGGAGGAAGCCCUUGAAGUUUGUACUGAGCUUGCAGAUAUGUGGAAUUAA